UCAGUGUGGCCCCAGAAGUGCCACCUGUCAGUGCUCAUCAGUGCCAGUGCCCAUCAGUGCCACAUGCCAGUGCCACAUCAAUGCCACAUAUCAGUGAAUACCAGUGCACAUCAAUGCCACAUAUCAGUGCCCAUCUGAGCUGCCUUUCAGUGUCACUCAUCAGUACCAGUCAGUGCCACCUAUCAAUUUCCAAUCAGUACCACCUAUCAGUGCUGCCAAUCAGUGCCACCUAUUAGUGUCCAUCAGUGCAGCCUAUCAGUGCCCAUCACUGCAGCCUCAUUAGCGCACAUCAGUGAAGGAGAAAAAUCACUUAUUUACAAAAUUGUAUAA